UUUAAACAUUUGCCCCCGUUUGGAGCACCAUGAUGUUCCCGUGCAGCGCGCUGCCGCCGCCUCUCUACCCGGGCUUCCUGCGCCCUCCCGCGGCUCUCUCCUCGCCCCUCGGCCGCUCGCUGCCCUCCGGCUUCCUGGUGGAGGAUCUGCUGCGGCUGAGCCAGCCUGUCGGCUACAUCCACCGGGCCUUCUCUUCCGGGAGCCCCGGGGAGCUUAUCCAACUCGGCCCCGGGCUGGGAGCUUCUGCUCGCCCGGAACCACCGAACCGAACCGGGUCGCCGCACACGGGCUGCUCGGACUCGGGAUACCUGAAGUUCGGCGUCAGUACCAUCCUGGCCCCGUCCACACGGAGUGUUCAGAGUCUUCAGACGAAGUCGCUGCCGUUCUUUGACGGAAACCUUCAUCCUCUCAUCAGAGCCUCGUACUUCUCAGCCUCCUCCUCCUCUUCUUCUGUGGUUCCAGUCCCAGGAACGUUUUCUUGGCCCCUGGCCCCCCGGGGGAAGCCCAGGAGGGGCAUGCUGCGGCGGGCCGUGUUCUCGGACCUCCAGAGGAAGGCGCUGGAGAGAACCUUCCAGAAACAGAAGUACAUCAGCAAACCAGACAGGAAGAAACUGGCCAGUAAACUGGGACUGAAGGACUCACAGGUGAAGAUCUGGUUUCAGAACCGCAGGAUGAAGUGGAGGAACUCCAAGGAACGCGAGUUGCUUUCGACGGGCGGCUGCCGCCAGCAGACCCUCCCCACCAAAACCAAUCCCCACCCGGAUCUGACCGACGUGGGCAGCACUUUCUGCAAGCGGCUGACCCGAAGUGCAGCCGACAGCCAGGAGUCGCAUCCCCACCACCAUCAUCAUCAUCAUCACCAGAUCCCAUCCUUUCCAUCAGAUCUGAGUAAACAGUCAGAGUCCGACGGUGAAGAAAUCACGGUUUCAUAAAGAGGAGUUACGUCAGAAGCUCCAAAGUGCCUGAAUCUGCUGUGUAUAUAUCUGUAUUUACUCACCGUGUUCCUGUACAGAGCUGUUUAUUGGCAGCUAAAUAACGUUCACUGUGCUGCUCUAGAUUUAAUAUUUGUAGAUUGGAAAGUUUCAAACUUAA